AUGACAGUCAUGUCCCAUUCAAAGGAUUUCAAGGAUGACUUCCACAGUGACACUGUGCUUUCCAUUUUAAAUGAACAGCGCAUUAGGGGUAUAUUAUGUGAUGUCACCAUAAUUGUGGAAGAUACGAAAUUUAAAGCCCAUAGCAAUGUGCUGGCAGCUUCAAGCCUUUACUUUAAAAACAUUUUUUGGAGCCGUACUAUCUGUAUUUCAGGUCAUGUACUGGAGUUAGAUGAUCUUAAAGCUGAAGUGUUUACAGAAAUACUGAAUUACAUCUACAGCUCCACAGUAGUUGUUAAGAGGCAGGAGACUGUAACGGACCUUGCAGCUGCAGGGAAGAAACUGGGAAUAUCAUUUCUAGAGGAUCUUACAGAUGUUAAUUUGUCAAGUUCUCCCUGCCCUUAUGCAUACUGUGUUAAUGACAAAGGGCCUGUCAAAGAGGAAAGACAUGAAAAGAGACAUGAAGACUCCGCUGUGACAAAUGGACCACGAAUUACAAACGCAUUCUCAAUUUUUGAAACAGAAAACAGUUUGUUUUCUCCACUUGACUUGAGGGCAAGCUUUAAAAAGGUAUCUGAGACGAUACAAGCUCCCAGCAUCAGCCUCGAGAGAAGCGACGUUUGCAAAGAUGCUGAGCCAGCCAGUACACUGGCAGAACACUCCUAUGCAGUUUCUUCCGGGGGAGAUACUUUUCAAGGAACACCUUUUCUUGAACAGGACAGCAGCCCUUCAUGUAAGAAGGGUGAAGACCACUAUGAAAAUCGCCAGGCCACGCCACUGGUUCAGCCAGGAAAACAAGCGUGUAGUACCCCUAAGGCAGCCUUUAAGCCCCAGGUUACUGGUUUGGCUGUAGCAAAAGUACCGACCUCUACAGUGACCACUACAGAAGCCCAGCGUGAAACAGUUACUGAUCAGACAGUUAUUUCCUUUCCAAAACCUCAGAAUAAAGCAGGAGAUUUCCAUUUAUCCAGAGAAGAGGAAAACAGUUGCGCUACUGUCUCUGGAUCUGUGGCAACUGUUGUUCCACCUGUGUACAAUUGUAACUGUUGUGCAAAAUCAUUCAGUGAUAGGGCGUUACUCAGUACUCAUCUUCAGCUCCAUUCAGAGCAUCAGGAAACUUUCAUAUGCAAAUACUGCAGCAAACAAUUUGCAAAUCUAAAUAUACUGGAAAGUCAUGAGCAAAUCUGCAUGAGACCAAGUAGCUUACCAGUUCACAGUGGAAAUGAACAGAAUUUUGCAGAUAACUAUACUGCUGCAGAGGGAAGGAAUGGAAGUUCGUAUGCAAAUGCAGAGCCUCUGUUGUCUGAAAACAGCAUCACUGAUUAUUCUAAUGCAAACUGCACUUUACGGGAAACAGAUCAUUUGGUUAAAGUCGUUGAUGGGCAGAUACUAUACACUUGCAUUGUUUGCAAGCGUAGUUAUGUAACACUGUCUAGCCUUCGAAGACACGCAAACGUGCAUUCGUGGAGAAGAACAUAUCCUUGCCACUACUGCAAUAAGGUAUUCGCGUUAGCUGAGUAUCGCACCAGACAUGAGAUCUGGCACACUGGAGAAAGACGGUAUCAGUGCAUUUUUUGUCUGGAGACUUUUAUGACUUAUUAUAUACUAAAAAAUCAUCAGAAGUCUUUCCAUGCAAUUGACCAUCGUCUCUCCGUAAAUAAAAAGACAGCCAAUGGAGGCUUAAAGCCAAGUAUGUACCCAUACAAACUUUAUCGACUUUUACCUAUGAAAUGCAGGCGACUACCUUACAAGUCCUACCGAAAUUCUUCGUAUGAAAAUGUUCAAGCAAGCAGCCAGGUUAACGAAACUGCUUCUGCUAACUGUUUCAUUCAGAGUUCACUUAGCACUGAGCUACCGCCACUGAAUUUUCAAAGUAAUAUAAUAGCAAACAGCAGAACUCUUGCCUUGGAUACAUCUUCAUGUAAUGAUACAGCAUCUUCCACGAAUACUCAGAAUCCUUCUUCCUGGGGAGUAGGUAUCUUAAAUUCUGACCUGCAAAGGAACUUUUUCGCAGCUGAAAAAGGAGUUUCCACUGCUGCAAAGGGCUCUGGUUCUCAGGAGUGUGAUUCCUCAGCUGUCUCUUUAACUAAUGUGAAUGAAAAUUCAACCUCUGUCAUCAGUUACAGCAGUUCUGCACCCUCUGUUAUAAUGCACAGUAGCAGAGUUUCAUCGGUAAUAAUGCACAGUAAAACAGUCACUUCUGUAGAAAACAGUAAGACAGAAUCUUCAAAUAAUCUACCUACUCAGUCUGUAAGUGAUGAUUGUAAAUAUGAGUCAGAUAAUUAUGGGAAAUGCAUUACAAAAUCAAAAACUAUUAAGGAGAAGAAGAAAACACUGCUGUACAACAGGGCAGAAGCAACUGAGGAUGCGCAGCAUGUCACAGGAUCUGGAGGUUCAUCUAGCAAAUCGACCAAUACUGUCCAAGAAUCGAGUAAAACUGAAACAUACAUUGCAAAGCCGGCCUUACCUGGGACAUCUACUGACAGCAAUGUUGCACCUCUUUGUCAAAUAACAGUCAAAAUCGGUAAUGAGGCUAUUGUAAAAAGACACAUCUUAGGAUCUAAGCUGUUCUGUAAAAGGGGCCGAAAAUCUAAACACGAGUCCAAACAGGACAGUCUAAUUGAGGAAUCGGAAACGGUAAUAAAAGAAAGAAGCCCUUCUAGGCUCUAUAGCUCAGAAUGCCUGGAGUUGACAGAAAUGUGUGAUGACGUAAGUGACCAGGACUCCAGUGAUAAACCCUGGAGACCCUAUUAUAAUUACAAACCAAAAAAGAAAUCCAAACAGCUAAGAAAAAUGAAAAAGACCAAAUGGAGGAAAAAGCAUGGAAGCAAGAACACCGUUAUGGAAAGCCACAACACAUGCAGUCGAGAGUAUGCCCUCAGGAAUGCUCCUGAGGAAAAGGCGGUCAGUCAAGAAGAGAAUGCAGAAAUGCCAAAUCUUCAUUGUGAGCUCUGUGAGAGAGAUGAGUCUUCCACUGCAGAAAAUCAAGAACACGUACACCGGCAUGCAGCUGCUUCAAAGCCUUACAUUUGUGAAUUAUGCCAAAAACAAUUUCAAAGUCCAUCCACUUUAAAAAUGCAUAUGAGGUGUCACACUGGGGAAAAGCCCUACACUUGCAAAACCUGUGGUAAAUGUUUCUCAGUUCCUGGAAAUCUACAGAAACAUGAACGUAUUCACCUGGGCGUCAAAGACUUCAUCUGCCAAUACUGUAAUAAGGCAUUCACUUUAAAUGAAACACUCAAAAUACAUGAAAGAAUUCAUACUGGAGAAAAACGCUACCACUGUCAGUUCUGCUUUCAGAGCUUCUUGUAUCUUUCUACCAAAAGGAACCAUGAGCAAAGACACGUACGACAGCAUAACGGAAAAGGAUAUGCUUGCUUUCAGUGCCCCAAGAUUUGCAAGACAGCAGCUGCUCUGGGAAUGCACCAGAAAAAACAUCUAUUCAAAAAUUCAGGUCUGCAAGGUAGAAAAGAACAGUUUUGCAAUGAAAGCACUAAACUUCUGGAAAAUCCACAUUUCCUUGGCUCAGAAGGAAGUGAAGUAAAAAAUAUACAAAAUGUAACUCCAGAAGUUAUACUCUGAGUGACAGCUGUGCAAAAGAGAAGAAAAAUCCAGAACUGUAUCUUGGAGAAAAUAUAGAUGCAUUGAAUGGGGAAGCAUCUCCACACAAAUUAGAAUAAUUUACUGAGAUCAAAUUUCUUCAUCUAAAUAUGUUAAUAUA